AUGGCCGCUGGUACACUGUCGCACAUCAUCGCAAUCAUCAUCUUCUACUUAGGUGCGAGUCCGAGUAGCUUCGCCUUUCACAUCCGAGCGUCUCAAGGGCUGUACGUGAAUCCGAUCCGGAAUCUUCCGGCUCUCGCUUCGCAGGGCGUGUCUGAUGCCAGUCGGUUGGCUUCGCAAUACAGAGUGGGUCUGGGCUACGACGUACACCGGCUUGUCGGCCCCAAUAAUGGUGGCAAGGCGUUCAAGCUCGGCGGCAUUGACGUGGAAGGCUCCGGCGUGUUCGUGGUAGGCCACAGCGACGGUGACGCGGUUCUGCAUGCCAUUGCCGACGCAGUGCUGGGCGCAGUGGGCCGAGGAGAUAUCGGUGAGCACUUCUCGGACCUCGACGCUGCCAAUGGUAAUCUGGACUCUGGCGUGAUUGUGCGUUUCGCGCUCUCGGAGGCACGCAACCUCGGCUACCGCCCGUGCAACGUGGACGUGAACAUCGUGCUGCAGCGCCCACGGCUCGGAAGUGAACUGAAACGCCGCAUAACUGCGAGAGUCGGGGAGCUACUGGGCCCGGGCGUCUGCGUCAAUGUGAAGGCGAAGACCAACGAGGGGCUGGACGCACUGGGCCGUGGCGAGGCCGUCGCGUGCCAGUCCGUGGUGCUGCUAGAACGCGUUUAA